AUGGGUAUCUCUCGUGAUUCUCGGCACAAGCGCGCCGCUACCGGUGCCAAGCGAUCGCAAGUUUGGAAGAAGAGAGCCUUCGAGGCGGGCCGUCAGCCUGCGAACACCCGUAUCGGUGCCAAGCGCAUUCACACCGUCCGUACCCGCGGCGGUAACCACAAGUACCGUGCGCUCCGUCUCGACUCGGGCAACUUCGCCUGGGCCUCGGAGGGAUGCACCCGCAAGACUCGUGUCAUUGGUGUGGCUUACCACCCCUCUAACAACGAGCUUGUCCGCACGAACACCCUGACCAAGUCCGCCGUCAUCCAGGUCGACGCUGCGCCCUUCCGUCAGUGGUACGAGGCCCACUACGGCCAGCCCCUUGGUCGCCGUCGCCAGCAGAAGCAGGGCCAGGCUGUCGAGGAGGUCAAGAAGAGCAAGUCCGUCGAGGCUAAGCAGGCUGCCCGCUUCGCCGCCUCUGGCAAGGUCGACUCCGCUAUCGAGAAGCAGUUCGAGGCCGGUCGUCUUUACGCCGUCGUCUCGAGCCGCCCCGGCCAGUCCGGCCGUUGCGAUGGCUACAUCCUGGAGGGCGAGGAGCUCGCCUUCUACCAGCGCAAGCUCCACAAGUAA